AUGGGGUCCUCACCUCUCUCAUUGAAGCGCGCCCUGCUUCUCACGGCGUUCUUUGCCCUCAGGGCCGUGGCCCAAGGCGAUAACGAGAAUGACAACAGGCCGACAGACGAGCCGAAUAAUAACCCCCCCGCGGUCACCAACACUCGAGAAAACCCGCCAGCGCAACAAACAGAAACGACUUCAGUCCGCGACCCCCCUUCUACGAGUACAGAACAAGAAAGGACAUCAUCACCAACCUCAUCGCCUUCAACAUCAACCGAUGCCCGGACGCUACCGCCGCUGAGUUCUAGUAUUUCCCGAACGGUCCCAACCGACAUGCCGACUGUUUCAAGGGGAGGAGUCAACACCGAGGUCCCGACGUACCCACCACCGGCAAUCCCACCAACACGCAAUGCCCCCUUCAUGAACCACUCCACCCUCCCCGACGGCACCGUCUUCAUUGCGGUAGGCGCUAUCCUAGGCGCCUUUGGUGUCGCGAUUCUCCUCUGGCGCGCCAUCGUUGCCUGCCUCUUGCACCGGUCUGUCGAGCGUGCCGCCCUUGCCCAGCACGCUGUCAACAACGGCCGCGGGCCGGGCGACAAGAACGCUGCUUCGUUCCCGGCGCCCCCGGCUCAAUUCUACAAGUACAUUGAGCGCGAGUCCUCCGCCUCCCUCGCUGGCGCGGGCCUAGCCAGCGGCACCGGACGGCGGACCAACCGCGGCCCCACGCCCUCCGCCACGCCCAGCCAGACGAACCUCUUCUUCUCGCCCACCGCUGCCGGGCCCGGCUCCGGCGGCGUCGGCGGAUCGAACCGCGACUCGGCCCGCUACCUCCCCUCGGGCUUCUACGCCUCGGCUUCGCCCGUGCAAGGCGGCCACGCGCAGGGCAACUCGAUCAGCAUGAGCACGCUGCGGCCUUCGUCGCGCGGCCGCGGCGGCCACCUCGGCCCCUCGCCGCCGGAGUCGCCCGACGUCGGGCCCAGGGUCGUCUCGAGGAACUUCAGCACCAGCUCCCUGAAUCUGAACCGCCCCCCCAGCCCCGGCGCCAGGGCCCCCAGCGCCUACCUGGACGACUUGCUUGAUGAACAGCCAGGCAUGUUCCCGCCGGCUGCCGGGAACCCUCCGCCCCCGGCCGGUCACGGGAGUCAGCGCGGGCGGUACUAG